GAGAGCGCAGCGGGCAGGCGAGAGAACUAGCCCGAGAGGGGGAGACACCCGGAGUCCCCCGAAGCUGCCCUGCCCUGAGUCUCACCCCUUCUGGCCAGGAGCUGCCGCCGCCCCCGUUUGUGUUCAUGUUUGGGAUUCAGGAAAAUAUACCCAGAGGCGGGACGACCAUGAAGGAGGAGCCGCUGGGCAGUGGCAUGAACCCGGUGCGCUCUUGGAUGCAUACGGCUGGGGUGGUGGAUGCGAACACGGCCGCCCAGAGCGGUGUGGGGCUGGCUCGGGCACAUUUCGAGAAACAGCCGCCUUCCAAUCUGAGAAAAUCCAAUUUUUUCCACUUCGUCUUAGCUCUGUACGACAGGCAGGGGCAGCCGGUGGAGAUCGAAAGGACAGCUUUUGUGGACUUUGUGGAGAAAGAGAAAGAGCCGAACAACGAGAAAACCAACAAUGGCAUUCAUUACAAACUUCAAUUGUUAUACAGUAACGGAGUUAGAACAGAACAGGAUUUGUAUGUUCGUCUAAUAGACUCGAUGACCAAACAGGCCAUCGUGUAUGAGGGGCAAGACAAGAACCCCGAGAUGUGUCGCGUGCUCCUGACUCACGAGAUCAUGUGCAGCCGAUGCUGUGACAAGAAAAGUUGUGGCAAUCGAAAUGAGACCCCUUCAGACCCUGUAAUCAUUGACAGAUUCUUUCUCAAGUUUUUCCUCAAGUGCAAUCAGAACUGUUUGAAGAAUGCAGGCAACCCCCGAGAUAUGCGGAGAUUCCAGGUUGUUGUAUCAACUACAGUCAACGUGGAUGGCCACGUUCUGGCUGUGUCCGACAACAUGUUUGUGCACAACAACUCCAAACACGGAAGGCGGGCCCGCCGCCUUGACCCGUCAGAAGGUACGGCCCCUUCUUAUCUGGAAAAUGCAGCUACUCCGUGCAUAAAGGCCAUCAGCCCUAGCGAAGGCUGGACCACCGGUGGGGCCACCGUCAUCAUCAUCGGGGACAACUUCUUUGACGGCCUCCAGGUUGUCUUCGGAACCAUGCUGGUGUGGAGCGAGCUGAUAACGCCCCAUGCCAUCCGAGUGCAGACCCCUCCUCGGCACAUUCCAGGAGUGGUGGAGGUCACCCUGUCCUACAAAUCCAAACAGUUCUGUAAAGGUGCUCCUGGCCGGUUCGUCUACACUGCCCUUAAUGAACCAACCAUAGAUUACGGCUUUCAGAGGUUGCAGAAAGUGAUUCCUCGGCAUCCAGGGGAUCCUGAAAGGUUACCGAAGGAAGUAUUACUGAAGCGAGCAGCCGACCUUGUGGAAGCCCUGUAUGGGAUGCCCCACAACAACCAGGAGAUCAUCCUGAAACGAGCAGCUGACAUCGCCGAAGCGUUAUACAGUGUGCCGCGUAACCACAACCAGAUUCCUGCCCUUGCCAACACUCCAGCGCACACUGGCAUGAUGGGAGUGAACUCUUUCAGCAGCCAGCUUGCGGUGAAUGUCUCAGAGACAUCACAAGCCAACGAUCAAGUAGGCUACAGCCGCAAUACAAGCAGUGUUUCCCCGCGAGGAUACGUUCCCAGCAGUACACCCCAGCAGUCCAAUUACAACACAGUCAGCAAUAGCAUGAAUGGAUAUGGAAAUGCCGGCAUGCCCAAUCUAGGCGUCCCUGGCUCUCCCGGAUUUCUAAAUGGCUCCUCAGCUAACUCUCCUUAUGGCAUAGUACCGUCAAGCCCUACCAUGGCAGCCUCUUCGGUCACCCUCCCUUCAAACUGUAGCAGUACGCACGGCAUUUUCUCAUUCUCACCUGCCAAUGUCAUCUCUGCAGUGAAACAAAAGAGCGCCUUUGCUCCAGUCGUCAGGCCCCAAGCUUCUCCUCCGCCAUCGUGCACCAGUGCAAACGGGAAUGGGCUUCAAGCUAUGUCUGGGUUGGUGGUCCCUCCCAUGUAAGGUCACUUUUGUUUACCUACGUAGCAUCAAGCAUUGAAGGACGGGCUUCAGGGGACAAGUUUAGUAUAUUAAGACAUGCUGAUGGAAACAGUAUCUUCAAGACAAAUCAGCACCAAUUGAAAUGCUACAGAAAAAGACUUUGUUUAAAGAUUUUAUUUAAACUCUUAAGAAUCGACAUGCAAACAACCUACUUCUUCACAAACAAUUCCAUUUAUUGACUGAACUUUUCUCAUCUUUUCACAUUUCUCAGUUCUGAAGAAUAAGGAGAAAAACAAAAAACAAAGCAACCCCUAUUUUGUAUAAAGUUUCCAAUUCCGUCUUGGCUCUGUCUCGUACUUGCUCUGUGUGGGGAGAAACUUUGUGGAUGCACCAUUCGGGGUUUUCAUGAAACACUAAUGAAAAAUGCCUCAGAACAUUUUGCUGUCCUCAUCACUCAAUUCACGAUGGUUGUGUAGCUCUAUAAUGUGAAAUAUUUUUUUGUGGUGAAAAAAGGGGGCCAAGGAGGUAUGAGCCAUCAAACUGGAAAAACGAAAAAAAGGAUGACUAUACGAUUAGGAGGAA